AUGGAUAGAAAAUCUGCUAGAAUAAAAGCAGAGUUAGAAAGAUAUGGUUGGAAAGUUUCGAAGAAGUUUAAAUAUAGGAAGGGAAGACCCAUAAAAGUCUAUGACAAAUUGUCUGGUCUUCGCUACGAGAUGGACUUAGAAACCGCGCGCGCCAAUUAUCCAAACAGACUCGAGAGGUUAGAAGAAGAACGUCUUAUGGACAUGCCUUUCAAUGUUAGUGAACCUCAAGUUGAAGGACACGACGGCUUUGCCAGAUUCUACUGGAAACAUGACGAACAAUUGCAUCCUUUGAGAAGGAAAAAAGGGAAGGGUGAAGACAAACAUGCUCCCAUGGAAAGAACAAGAUAUGCAUAUGAGAAGUAUCGUGAAGUUAGAAGUCAAAUUACAUCUGGUCGAACCUUUACAGUAAACUUUGACGAAGGAAAGAACAAAGAAGGCUUC